AUGCCGGAACCACUUGAGCACGUCCGCGUUGUGAAAAAAAGGACAAAGCGCUUUCGGCGUCAUCAAUCGGACCGUUUUAAACGAGUGAAAGAGUCCUGGCGCCGACCGAAAGGCAUCGACUCCGCGGUUCGACGCAGGUUUAACGGCAAAACGCUGAUGCCGAACAUCGGGUACGGAUCAGCGAGGAAAACGCGUCAUAUGCUGCCAAGUGGAUUCUUUCCGUUCCUAGUUCACAACUCGAAGGAUCUGGAGUGCCUCUUGAUGCACAAUAGAAGGUACUGCGCGGUGAUUGCACACAGCGUGUCUGCUCGUAAGAGAGCAGCGAUUGUCAAACGCGCUGCAGCACUUGACAUUCGUGUCGCCAACGCGCUUGGUCGGCUCGAGCCCGUAGAGUCGUAG